GAAGCUCUUUUGAAGAGCCUCUGGCAGAGCUCCUCGCUCCGGUGGUGCCGGUGCUGGAGCAGCACCGUGUUUUGGCUCCGCCUGGCGCGGGCCCUGGCCCGGCCCCGGCCCCGAACGAGGCCCCUCCCGCGGCUCCGCCCGCAGCCGCCCCGCAGCCGCCCGGCUCCCGGCCCGAGGCCGGCGGCUUCCCCGGUGCGAGCCCCGCCGCCCGUCAGCUCGGCCGCCGGCCCCGAGCCGCCUGAGCCCGGGGCGGCUCGGGAAGCAGCAGCGCCCGGGGCGGACGGGUGCCCCGGGCAGAAUGGCGAGGGCGCCGUGCCGUCCGCACGGGCGGAGAAGCCUCCCCUGGAGCAGCUCUAGCGGGAGGGCCCGCUGCUGGGGAGCGGCGGCUGCGGCAGCGUUUACGCCGGGACCCGGCUCGCCGACGGCGCCCCGGUGGCCAUCGGGCGAGUGGCCCGGGAUCGCAUCUGGGAGUGGGCGCGGCUGCACGACGGCGCCCUUGUGCCCCUGGAGCUGGUGCUCAAGUGGAUGGUGUCGUGCCCUGGCUUGAGCGGCAUCUUGCGGCUCCUGGACUGGUUCGAGCUGCCCGACGGCUUCGCGCUGGUCAUGGAGCGUCCGGAGCGCUGCCGGGACCUGUGGCACUUGCUGGAGGCGGGCGGGUCCCUGCCAGAGCCCGUGGCGCGGGGGCUGUUCCGCCAGGUGCUGCAGGCCGUGCGGCACUGCACCAGCCGCGGCGUCCUGCACCGCGACAUCAAGACCGAGAACAUCCUCGACGACCUGGCCACCGGCGAGGCCAAGCUCAUCUACUUCGGCUGCGGCACCAUCCUCCAGGACACCUUCUUCACCUGGAUGGCAGGAACGCAAGAGUACUACCUGCCGGAGUGGAUCCUCUUUGGCUGCUUCCACGCCCAGCCAGCCACUAUCUGGUCCCUGGGCAUCCUGCUCUAUCACCUGGUGUGUGGGCACCUUCCUUUCAGAACCGGAGGGGGCAUCGUCCAGGGCCAGCUCUUCUUCCUGCCCCGGGUGUCUCAAGAUUGCCAGCACCUCAUCAGGUGGUGUUUAUCCAUGGACCCUGCAGACAGGCCAUGCCUGGAAGACCUUGUAGAACAUUCUUGGCUGCAGAAGCCCCACCUGGCCCAGGAGACAGCCGAGAUCCAUCCCUCUGCACAGCAGGAUCCAAGAGCUCAACAAGUACCAGCUGCUCACGUCUCAUGGCGCUCAAAGAAAUCCCCAGAGCGUUUCCCUGCGGCCGUGGCACGGAGCAGAGAGUGCGGCCCAGGAGAUGCUUCCGCAGGUUCCCGCGAGUUGUGGAGGGAGCGGCUCAGGGCUCCCCGUAAUGUUGGAGAAGUCUUGGCACAGUGCGGUGAAGUUUCCCCGUAGUGGAAAAGGGGAAACAUCCCCCUGCAGCUCAAUGGCAUCGUGGUGUCCCUGCAAGCCGAGGCACAGCUGGCGUGUUCUUGAGGAGCGCGACGCAGAGCCGGAGAGCCAUUCUCAAGCUGGUCGCUGGUGGGGCAAAGCCGAUGGGCUUUGGUUUGGCCCCUUCCUGGAGGACACGCUCUGCACCCCAACGAAAUCAAGAUGAGUCCCCAGCCGGCGCAGGGGCGGGGGGAUGCUCGUGCUUCCAGGCACGGCAGGGCUCGGCCUGGCCACGCGCCGCAGGUUCCCCGCUCGGCAGCAAUGGAGAAUAUUGAUCUUUCCGCCGCCCGCCCGGCUGCUUUUUGGCGGGACAGGGGACGGGUGUUGUGGAAGGGCAGCUGGCUCUUGUCCUCGCUGAGACCUUCUGCCAGCAUGCCUGCCACGGGCUGGGGUGGGGCCAGCCAGCCUGACCAAAGCAUCCAUCCAUGUGGAUGGGAAGUGGCAGAGGGGGAUGGGAUCUGAAGCCAUGCCCCAGCUGUUCUGCUUUGCAGGCCCUUGAGGAAGGGAUGGGCUUAUGGGUGGGAAAGGUGGGGUUUUUCCCACCCUUGGAGAGGUUUCAUUCUCGACUGGAGUGGUCAGACCCUCCCCAGGCCCAUGAAAUGGUGAUAACCUUUGGCGCUUUUUCUUGUUCCCAGGUCUUGUUUGGAACUGACUUUCAUGCAAUUGUUCUUUGUUUUUUCCAGGAAGAUUGCACCCGGUGCCUGGACCGGGUGGGGAAGCGCCGGCACCGUCCGUGGAGCCCGUCCAGUGCCGGCACUACCCCGGGGGGGCCACGGUGUUCGGGGACAUCCCCUUCAGGAAGGACGAGGGCCUCGUGUGGGAUCAGCUCCUCUCCUGGCAGCAGGUCUCCAGAGGAGACCUUCGGACAGAGAAAUGCCCACAUGGGCUUUAUGUGACCCUUCCCAGCCAGCCCUUCACUCACUCCCGGGUCUCAUGUGCUCCUCAGGCUUCACUGGCUCACUAAACUCAGAGGAGCUCUGUUUGUGGAUGCUUGCAAAAAAAAGAUAGGAAAGAGCCAACCAACGGCUAAGAGAGGAAGACUACAGCCUUCCUCCCCACGACCACCAGCAGCCAAGGAAAAAGACCCCCAGCAAAUGGUUGCGCAGACGCAGAAAGAGCGUGAGAAGAUGCUGAAAGGCACGUACAUGGAAGAAGAUAUAAAUAAAUGAUGGACUGAAAUGAAGUGGGGUGUGUGCCGUUGGUGGAGCAGAGACUCCCUGGAUGCCCAGCGCUGAUUUGCUUGCUGCCGAUUGCUCAAUAAAUUUUCUAUUUCCAUCUAUUGGAGUUGAUUAAUUUAUUACAAAUAAAUUUAUAAC